UCGACAGGGAUGUGAUUACUGACAGCGAUCUUAUAUCGUGUUCACGGACGUAACUUGCACCACAUAGAGUUUAUAAUGACUACCAAGCGAUGGUUAGAUGAUGGGUUAACUUGGAUGUAGGCAGCCUGGACAUCCGGCCAAGGAGGUCACCAUGACAACUGAGGACCUUCUACAGGCCAACCAGGUGGUCAAAGACCGAUGGAAAGUGGUAAGAAAGAUCGGGGGCGGAGGCUUUGGUGAAAUCUACGACGGUAUUGACCAGGUGACAAAGGAGAAUGUUGCUCUCAAACUGGAAUCUGCAAAACAGGCCAAGCAAGUGCUUAAGAUGGAAGUGGCUGUCCUCAAAAAACUGCAGGGACAUGACCAUGUGUGCCGGUUUAUCGGCUGUGGUCGAAAUGAACGGUACAACUAUGUGGUGAUGACUCUUCAAGGCAAGAAUCUGGCAGAGUUACGGCGUAGCCAGUCUCGAGGAUGCUUCACGCUCAGCACUACACUCCGCCUCGGCGCCCAAAUACUCAAAGCCAUUGAGGCAAUACAUGAGGUUGGGUUCCUCCACAGGGACAUAAAACCGUCUAAUUUUGCAAUGGGGAGACUACAGAAAGACAGUAAGAAAGUGUUUAUGUUGGACUUUGGCCUGGCACGUCAGUACACCACCCCUGCUGGAGAAGUACGUCCACCGAGGGCAGCGGCUGGCUUCAGGGGCACAGUUCGAUAUGCAUCAGUCAAUGCUCACAAAAACAAGGAAAUGGGUCGCCAUGAUGACCUAUGGUCCCUGUUCUACAUGCUUGUUGAGUUCCUGGCAGGCCAGUUGCCAUGGCGAAAGAUUAAGGAUAAGGAGCAGGUGGGAAACAUGAAAGAAAAAUACGACCACACACAGCUGCUGAAAAACAUGCCAAAUGAAUUCCGUUCCUUUCUGGAGCACAUCCUUAGCUUGGACUAUUUCGACAAACCAGACUACAGUCUUUUGCACAAUUUGUUCCAGCAGUGUAUAAAGCGCAAAGGUAUCAAAGAAGUUGAUCCGUACGACUGGGAGAAAAUCUAUGCUGAUGGGUCCGUAGCCACAACCAUCACCACUUCACCUCCUAUUGGAAUCAAAGCCACCCCUGGAGCAGGAGUAUUACCAGGUGGUCCUCACACAGCAGGGCACGGAGCUACAGAAGCUGUGGAUGUCAACCUUAGUUACAACCAAGAGGAGGGUGAACAGGAAGAACGCAAGCUCAAGGAAAACCAGUACAUCUUAGAGAACAAGAAUCUACACGACAUAGACAAUCGACUGCGUGAGGAGGUGGGCGAUAUUGUGUUGGUGCCUCGCAACCAGAAUGUGAAUCAUGUAGAAGCAGAGGAGAAACACCAGAUGGAGCAACUGGUCCAGGAGGAUAAUGUGGCCCCACAGGUCUAUCCCAUCAACACAGACGAACAGGGAAAUGCUGGUGACGCUCAGACGCCAGAUCAACCUGACGCACCAAAAACGUCAGGUCUUGAUGUGCUAGCAGACCAGUUGACUCGCAUCCUCAAACAAGAUGGGGAAAAGAUGGAGGGACGGAGUGUGCCAAGAGAACAGCCUCAUGACCAGACUGGCCCUGGAAUUCGAUUUUCUGAGGAAAUCCUGCCUGACGUGCGUGAACGAGAGCAGCACACUGGUAGCGAAAGACGACAAAGUAAAGGACGUUACCAUGAAAACCAACUGUUUAAGGAGAUCAUAGACCGCAAAGUGCAUUCUGCUGUUGUUUCCAACAGGAGGAAUAGUGUUGUUGGUGACGAGGACAUUUCUAAUAAUCCUGACUUCCAACACGAUCCACUGGCCAGUAAAGCUGCUAUCACUUUUGCUCUCAUGCAGACAGAAGAAAAAACACACACAGCAGCUGAUGAGAAUAUUGAUGAGAAUGCCACCAGGGCAGCUCCAUUUACUGUAGCGAGUCAGUGGGGUGCGGUAUCCGCAUUCGGGUCAGAUUCUAACAAUAGUGAUGCUGACGAUGAGAGUGAAGGAGAUGAAGGUAAUGACUUAAAAUUGAAACCGUCGCAUAAAUCAAGGCGGGCAUUAAUGAACACAUUAGCUGAUGAAGAUGAUCUUCGAUUGGACAGCAUUGUUAGGAAUUCACUUGUGUUACAUGACGCUGACAGGGAGUCGCAGGAAAUUCUCCGUAAUUCGCUUGUGUUUCUUGAUGAUGAUGUAGACCAUGGUCAAAAUAGAGAAAAAAGUGACUCAGGUUUUCAUUUUAAAAAUUUAUCGGAUAGAAAACAUUCCAGUACUAGCUUACAAUUUCUGAAUGUUCAUGGAUCAGAAAGGACUUCUGAUAGCCCGUUAGAAAAGUCGCAGUCAGUAGACAGUAUACAUAGUAAAUUAUCUAGUCCAAGUAGAAUGCCUGAAAAACUAGCCAAGGAGAUAGGCAAUCUAAUAUCAUCGCCAUUGAGUAGUCCUUCAAAACAUUUAUUUAAAGGAAAAGACAGUCUAACUGAUAUUAAAAGGCUUGCUUCCCUAAGUCACCUAAAACCGGUGGGGAAGCCACCUGCCCCUCAUUAUAUCUCGGCUCGUAACCAAAAUACUGAUAAAAGUGCUACAACAGAUUCGAACAAAAAGCCAAUGUUAUACCCUAGUUCCGUUAAAACAUUAAAUGAAUCGUCUAAACACUCAGAUAAUAAAACAGUUAAAAGUGACGAUGUGAAAGUAAAAAAGAUAAAAGUAGUAGAUAAACAUGACAAAGGUGGCGUACCAGAGAGGCGCGACGUUGUAACUCCAGAACGGCGUGCCUCAGACGGUGGGCGCACAGGCAAAAGUAUGAAAAUGUCUACCAUUCCUGAGGAUCAAAACAGCGAAAAUAAAUCUGGAGGACCGAAGUCCAGUAAAAGUGCUGACCAAAUCCACACUACCAAAUCCACUGCCAGUGAUAACAGUACGCUAUGCAAGGACGACAAAGUGCCAAGCCAACAAGAAAAUAAGACCAGUAGGAAGGACACCACUUCACAGAAAACCAGUUCACACAAAAAAGAUUCUAGUUCACAGAAAAAGGAAUCAAGUCUCCUUAAAAAAGAUGCCAUUUCCAAACGUCAGCAGAAGCGACGGUCUUCCUCAGCUUCACGUGUUUCGGAUCGAACUGCUAUGGAGCUUCGAGAAGCUCUGUCAUCACUGACCCCUGACCCCAAUGAGAAUCCAGAGUCAGACAGCUCCCGUGUUCCUAAACCACCACCAGGACAACCUCCCAAAAAUGCAGUCACGUAUGCAAGAUCUUUAGAUCAAGAAGAUCCAAGCACAGAAGUUACAGAGCCCCAGGGAGCUACAUUGAGUUACCAUGGCGAUGAUGAAGAUUCAGGAUAGCCAACACUGCACCAAGAUAUAUUUUACUCUAUUAUUAACCGGAAAUCUGCAGUUGUGAAUUACUCUGGCUAAUACACUCCGACUACAAGAAUGCAUGUUGCUGAUAUCCAGAAGGAUCACAAUUAUUAUCUCCCUUUAUUUAUAACACUUAAAAAGGCCACUCUGCCAAGAUAGAGAUUUGCGUGGAUCACAGAAGUUGUUCUUAUAAUCCUGAAUACAGUUCUUAAGUGUAAACAUGAAAGGUGAAAUUACUUCAUAACUAUGGAAAUGUUUCAUUGUUAUUCAGAUGGCUAUGGGAGAGACCUGUAGCUACAGAAAAGCCACCAUCUUGUGAUAAAUGUGAUGAUAUGGGAAGAGCCGUCGUCAUUUUCUUUCAUAUUCUCAAAACACUAAUGACAAUACUCUGUUUGUGCAAUAACCGUUUGAUAGACUCCAUUUGCCUUAUUGUAACGGACACAGGGACCUGUUCAAUACCUUACUGUAACGGACACAGGGGCCUGUUCAAUACCUUAUUGUAACGGACACAGGGACCUUUGUUAAGUAGCAGUAGCCAUAUUUGGUGUUGGAUUUUCUUAUUCACUUUGUAAUUUGUGUGGUAAACACUACUUUGCUAAAUUCCAGGUAGGCUUUCAUGGCAAUCAAGAAUCACCUAUGAGGGACCUUCAGUAGGAAUAAGGUUGUUUUGCUUUGCUUGCAGUAUUGCUUGACUUCAGCAUUUCUAGAUUUCAGUCAGACCAGACUGCAUAUCAAAGUUAAAACAAUUGUACAGUAAAAAGUACCCUAUAACGUCAGCAAUUCUUGUCAAAAUUAGGAACUGGUUCACAGCAAUGAUUUCAUUGUCAAAUUUAUUAUCACUAAUGAGCUUAAAAUUCAUCUAAUAUUGAAUAUUUUAUAACAGAGACCUUACCUGUAUAGUAGACCUAAUUUUAUCAUGUGAAGUGUAUCUGAUUAAAAUGGGGAUGGCUUCAACUGGGUUUUAUAAAUCUGAUACAAAGCCUGUUUCCAGACAGUAUCUUCCUGGUUCUAACAGAUGUUAUAUUUACUUUUGCCAUUUUUAUUAUGUUAUACUGUACCCCAUCUUUCUAGGGGCACUGGAUAUUGUGACUAUGUGAAAUGGUGUUUCUUGUAGAGAAAUCUCAAAAUUGAAGCCAUGCAGGAAAAGGGAAAAUGUUUUUAUUUUAAUAUUUCUUUUGAUUUUCUUAAUAUUUUAAUUAUUUAUGUAUCAACUUCAGUCUGAACAUCCUUUGUCAAAGAGCUGGCAAACUGGUUGUAGUGAAAUUGUAUAAGUUUGGUACCCUGUCAGUAUUACCAACUGAAUAUGCUCAGCAACGAUUGAAAUACGAUAAGAGAAAGACAUCUAAUAGGUGCGACUUCACUUUCUAGGUAUUAUAUACAUGUUUUCUGGGCACCCAGCUGAUAUAACUCUGAUUUAUCCUAGAUAACUCUUGAACAAAGACUUAUUAAUCUAUAUCUUUUUGGUUACCAUUGAUACAAGGUACAUCAAGGAUCUUAAUAUGCACGGUGUGAGAUAGGCGAAUAGGUUCACCCGCUGGGAUAUAACUUGCAUUCCUGUAAAAAUUUUCAAUUUUAAAAUACUUGUGAUCUUGAUAUUUGAUCAGAAAUCCAUAAUCAUUUUUCCAGAAUUUUGUGAAUUUUUGAAAUUCUUAAACUACCACACAAAUGAAUAUCAGAAUUGAUGAACGCUAUCAUUGAAAACUAAUGUAAUUUGUAACAUUCGGUUCGUGUUUUCCAGCUAUUAACAGAUGUAUAUUUUAUGAAAUUAACUAGAUCACUAGAAAUGGACAUGAAAUUUUGUUAAUGAUAAUCUGAUAAUGAAUUUAAUAUAUACCAUGUAACUUUAAUCCUUUUUCAGGUUUUAUGACACUAUAUCUGUAACAGGGAAUAUGUUUCACCUUGGUCUGCUGAAGAUCAUAUUUUCAGUUGUCUAGCGAAGGUUUUUUUUUAAUAAUCAUUAUAUCAGAGUUGCAAUAAAGCUAUUUACUAAAUAUUUUCAGUACACAAGAUUUUGAAACAUAAAUUAUUUUCAAAUUUCUGUAUACCACUUUGAUCUUAAUGCAUGUACCAUAUCCUCAACUAAUUAUAUUCCUUGCACUUCAUUUUUGAUGAUCACAUCUGCAGCAUUACAAACAUUAAUGUGAAAACUCAUUUUUGAGACACAAAUUGAGUAAUUAUUUCAAAUGAUCUCGUUUACCAGUAAUAAGUUUCAUUUGCAGUGAUGCUUUCAAUGACUACAAAGAGCUGUUUUCCUUUGGAACAAGGCCGUCAAAAUAGACACUUCACAUCAAUUAUAUAAACAAUAUAGAAGAAAUAUUCAUUACUGGAUGAUGAAAUAGUUCAUUAAGGAUCAGGUUUACCUUUAGAAAUUGAUAAACUUGUAAACAUUAUAUUAUAUUUUGGGCUAUAUAAUGGAGCUUUGACGUGUGUAAUAAUAGUACUUUUUAAGAAACGCAGUGGAAAAAUUAGGGUUUCAACUAAAAGAAUUGAUAUCAUUCUUCUACAACACAUACUGGAUUUUGUCUUUCCUGUGGUGCUAGAAGCUCAUUACAAACAAUUUUUCAUGUGUUUUUGCUUUUUUUUUUUUUUUUUUGAUGAAUGUCAGUUUUGACCACAAAAUCUAAAUGGAUGAGUGAUAUAUUAAGAAAAUGUUGGGACUUAACGUCGAAAAUCAAUAGGGCAAUAUUGAAAUCAACUUUCCUCAAAUUGCUUUUUUAACAACAAAACAUGCAUUACUAAUAGAUGCCAAUAUUGUGAGGUGACCAGAAAAAAUCCUCUGAUUAUAAUGUCUAGCAUUGUAUUGUCAAUAAUCUGUCAUUUUAUUCUGGAAGAAACACUUGUCCAUUUCCAUGUUCUAACUCUUUGUUGUUGCCAUGGUGAUAAUGUGUAUCUGUUUUGUUAUAACUUAAUUCUCUAUUAUGUGUUCACCUAGCCAAAUGUAUUUUGGCCACAAAAUGCAAUUAUCUCCCUUUGAAGAUUGAACAAUAUUUAAUGGUUGCAAAAUGUGAUUUAGUGAAAAAAGUUACUAUUUGCUUUGUUUUGUAUUUGUUGUUAGUAUUUUAUUAACAAUAUGAAACACAUAUAUACCUGUAUGUGUAAUAUGAUGAAAGCAUGUGCAGUUUACAUGUGUAGUGUGUGUGUGUGUUAGUGUACAUGUGUGCGAGACAGAAAAUAUGCUACGUAUUAUAUAAAACUUAAGUUCAUUUCUAAUUGCUUUGCUGAAAAAUCUGAAUGAGGAAUGAAUGGAAAAUAGCAAAAUUGACUCAAGAUAAAAAGAUGAUUUUAUAUACAAUCUGCCGUUAUAUCAAAAGGCCUUUGAUAUUAAUUCCUUAAUUUUUUAUUGAAAAUUUGAUUUUAAUUUCCUUUUUUUUUCCCAGAUACAAGAAGUUAUGCUUAAUAAUUACAUAACUAAGAUAUCUUUUUGUUUAUUAUUCAAUAAUUACAUAACUAAGAUAUCUUUUUGUUUAUUAUUCACGUGAACUGUUUGAGAAGUGAUUUAGACACUUCACAUCACCAAACAAGGUUGUGAUGGCUUCUAAACCAGGGAUUUUAAUCCAGCAUUUAUAGAUUAUUUUAUACCCAAUUAAAGGGACAUAAUCCAUUUUAUUUGCUGAUAAUGAAAAUGUUUAACAGCAUACUGUACCAUAUCAGCUUGCAUACUUUUCACAAUUUGAUCAUGUGAUUUUGUCAUUAUAUUUAGCAGAAUUUUAUCAGCAAUUUUAACUACUUAAAAUUUUAAAAGCAUGAAAUUAUUCUAAAAGCUUGUGUAGUAAACAAGAUGUAUAUUAGAGCCGUCUAAAUUAAGGACAUCGAUGUGAUCCUGCAUUGUUCUAAUCCAAUUAGCAGGGUCAAGGAAUUCUUUGUUUCUUCAAUAAAAGUUUUGUAAUUGUAUGACUUUGUAUGUAACGAGUCUGUGGCAAAACAGGCUAACCAGUGUGGAUGAAUAACUUCAAUAAACAGACAGAAUUCAGCAAAA